UUUAUGUCUUUAUGCCACAAAUCUAGACCCAAUAGCUACCCAUGCUUCAUGCUUAGACCAAUUUUCUCAACUCUCUCUUUACCCUUUUCUUCCUACCCCAUGUGCUAAAAGCAACUUCUCUUUUCAACAAAUUUUUCAAAUUACACAUUUUUGUUUUCUUUAUUACUUUAUCAAUCUCAUCAUAGAAUUGACAGGUAAAGCAAAUCUUGCUUUUUUCUUCUGACAUCUCAUUCCAAAUGAAUAAAAAUGAAGUCUUUUGAAGCUGAUAUUCAAGAAUUUCAUCCAUGGUUUCUUGUUGGGUUCACCUGAGAAUCUGACCCUUCUUUCUGUAUGAUCAAAAACCACUUAAAGAUCAGAUUUUUAAGAAAAAGUUUAGAUUUUUUUGCUGUUGGUGAUUCUGUCAUGAAGGAGUUUCCUUCUUGUUUUGGAGAAAAUGGUGUGCAGGUUGCAGAUUCAUCUUCAUCUUCAUCCUCUUCUAGUUCAACAAGAGGGGCACAGAAUGUGGUUACUUGUAUCUAUCAAUGUAAAUUGAGAGGUCGUUCAUGUUUGAUUACAGUUUCAUGGACAAAGAAUUUGAUGGGUCAAGGAUUGAGUGUUGGAAUUGAGGAAUUGGGUAAUCAUUGUUUAUGUAAGGUUGAUAUAAAGCCAUGGUUGUUUUCAAAAAGAAAAGGGUGUAAGAAUUUGGAAGUUGAAUCUAGUAAAAUUGCUAUACUUUGGGAUUUGAGCUAUGCUAAAUUUGGUUCUGGGCCAGAACCAUUGGAAGGGUACUAUUUAGUUGUUUUGUUUAACAAAAAGAUUGUGUUACUUUUAGGAGAUCUGAAAAAGGAAGCAUGCAAGAAGAUUGAUUGUGACAACAAUGUUGAUGCUUAUAAUUCUGAUGCAGUUUUUAUUGCAAAGAGAGAACAUGUUUUCGGCAAGAGAUUUUACUCUGCAAAGGCUCAAUUUUGUGACAAGGGUAAGAUCCAUGAUGUGAGAAUUGAGUGUGAUACUGUUAAUGGGAGUACUGAUGAUCCUUGUCUUGUGAUUAGAAUUGAUAGCAAGAUAGUGAUGCAGGUGAAGCAAUUGAAGUGGAAGUUUCGCGGUAAUCAGACGAUUUUGGUGGAUAGUUUUCCGGUGGAAGUGUUUUGGGAUGUUCAUAAUUGGCUGUUCGGGAAUGUUGCUGGAAAUGCUGUUUUCAUGUUUCAAACUUGUGUUUCUGCUGAGAAAUUGUGGUCUGGUCAAUCUGUUUCUGAUCCUUCUAUUAUGAUGACUUGGGCUUAUUCUCAGCAGUUUAGAGAUUCUCAGUUGCAGGGUCUUGGAUUUUCUCUUAUUUUGUAUGCUUGGAAAAAUGAGUAGUUGAAUACAUGAGAUGAAUCUUGUUAUAGAGUGAUGCAUUGAAGUGAUGUUUUGAUUGUUAGAUACAGUUUUCAACAAUUAUGUGAUCAGAUUAUUAUAUAAAUCUGUUAAAUACUUCACCUUUAUAGAUCUUA